AUGUGGCCUACCAGUAGUGUCUCUAGCCUCCAGAAAACAUACGAUGAGGCCUAUUUAAAAUGCUCCACUGCUGUCUACUAUGAGAGCCAGGGAGACGAGAGAGAGGCGAUGUUAAGCUGGAGGAAUGCACUCGAACAGAUACGACAAAAUCCCAUGAAUAAGCGACAAGGCAACUAUUCUCCCAAAUCCGAGACCGAACGUGCUUUACUCGAGAGCCUGCGAGAGUUGGAAAUGCAAUGCAAGGAGAGGAUUGAUCUCUUAGAAGCUUUGAGGAUAUCCCGAGAAGAGGACUCAUCGUUGCAAAUUACACAGUCGAGCAUCGGUGCGGAAGGAAGUGCGGACGGCCGGUCAAUCCCAAAUACUCCAGAAAGAGGAUGGAUCGGUGACGGGACGAUACCGGCAAUAACAUAUACGGAGCUGUCUAAACCACCACUCCCUAAACGGCCGUCUUUCCCUUCUCGGAGGACGUCCGAACAGGCAGUGUUGGGACUUCGCAAUGCCAUAAUGGAUCCAGAUUUAUCAUCUUCUGCAGUAAGGCCACCUUCACUGCCUCCUUAUGGUACAUCUACUCCGAGAAGGAGGUCUUCGCGAUCGCCCAGCCCAGAAAAGCAUACCAUGAGAACAACACUACGGACAGGGAAACACGAAAAAUCUGCUAAAUCGAGUCGGCACACACCAGCUAAGAUCACCAAAGGCCCAGGAGCUAGUAAGGCAGCCACGCUGGCUUGGAGUAGCCUCGAAAAAGGGAACUCUGCAGACACGACUAGUUCACCCUUAAAGGCCCCUGAACCGCGACGGUCCUACGAGCAGACACGAAAAAGUUCUGCGCCAACUCCAAGACACUGGGAUAGUCACACAAGAAGAUUGGUGGUCUCUCCUGAAGCUUAUAGUAUUUCUAGUGUUACGCCUUCAGCCGCCCGUGCUAGCCCUGAAUCUUCGAUGCGGAAUGCGAACGAUUUUACAUCCCCUACACCAUCUUCCCUUGCCCUAGGUGCUGCCUCAAGCGCCCUAGGAUCGCUAUCUAUUCAAGAACGUGAAGAGUUGAGCCCUACUGUAGCUCGAACGGAGCAAAGGUCAACAUCUAGGAAGGGAAUAUCAUCAAGUUACGACGAGCCAACUACUCCUACCGCUCGAACCCCAGUGCCUCUGGAAGGCGCUCUUAGAACUAGCUCUAAGGAAAGCUCGGUGAGGAGAAAGCCCAUUGAGCAGAGCAAAAUAUUUGAGCCCAAUAGCGCCAGAAAACGAGUAGGUCGGCAAACAUCCGAACAAGACGGGAGAGGGGAGAUAUCAUCCAGCGACGAGCCGGUAAGAGCAACCUCUGCCAGCCGAAAACGCAAGGGAAAACAGAAGGAGUCGCCCAUGGUCUCCGACACUGAAGACCAGUCCUCGGCGGAUUCUGUUGCUAGGGAAAGGAAGAAAGCAAAGGACGAAUGGGAAGUAAGAAAAAAAGGAAUAUUGAAGAAUUUACCGGCCGGUAUAGAUGAUGCUGCCGCGAAGGCAAUAUUCAACGAGAUCGUAGUGCAGGGCGACGAAGUUCACUGGAGUGACGUUGCCGGUUUGGAGAUUGCAAAAAACGCACUGAGAGAAGCAGUAGUAUAUCCUUUCUUACGACCGGACUUGUUCAUGGGUCUUCGCGAACCAGCUAGAGGUAUGUUACUCUUUGGGCCUCCAGGGACGGGGAAGACAAUGUUGGCCCGCGCCGUUGCCACAGAAUCUAAGUCUACCUUCUUCUCCAUUUCAGCAAGCAGCUUGACCAGUAAAUAUCUUGGCGAGUCUGAAAAGCUGGUUCGCGCACUGUUCGCAUUGGCAAAAGUAAUGGCACCGAGCAUCAUAUUUGUCGAUGAGAUAGACUCACUCCUCUCUCAACGGACGGGAUCCGGAGAACAUGAAGCUACUAGAAGGAUCAAAACCGAAUUUCUCAUCCAAUGGAGCGACUUACAGCGAGCCGCCGCAGGGCGUGAAAGCAACAACGAGGCAAACAAGGAGCGGGGUGAUCCAAACCGAGUACUAGUGCUAGCAGCGACCAAUUUACCAUGGGCAAUCGACGAAGCAGCCAGACGAAGGUUCGUGAGACGCCAGUAUAUCCCUCUCCCAGAAGCAGAUACUAGAGCCACUCAAUUAAAAACCUUACUUGGUCAACAAAAGCACAAUCUUACAGACGCCGACAUUGCGGAGUUGGUGAACUUAACGGAAGGCUUCUCGGGUUCAGAUAUAACUGCUCUAGCCAAAGAUGCGGCAAUGGGGCCCUUGCGUGCCCUAGGUGAGGCACUCCUACAGAUGACAAUGGAUCAAAUUCGACCCAUAGAACUGGCGGAUUUUAAGGCUAGUCUUCGUACGAUCCGUCCUAGUGUUAGUAGGGAAGGGUUAAAGGAAUAUGAGGAUUGGGCAAAGAGAUUUGGAGAGCGUGGUGGAUAA